GUAUAUUGUAGGUGGAUGUUAGUGAAGUGACAGAGAUGGUUGCGCAAGACUCAGAAAAAAAGGGACUGUACGAAGAUGCCAUCAAGCUUUAUGACCUGGCCAAGAACCAUGACAAAGUUGUAGCACUUCUCAAUCAGCUACUAAGCCAGGUCGUGUACCAGCCGGAAGGAGGGGCUGGCAGCCAGCGUGUGCGUGUACUGGAACUAGCAACAGCUGUGGCCAUCCGGUUUAAAACGCAUGGUCACAACACACUUCCAAACAAUGCAGCAACACUCCAUUUGCUUUUGGACUUGGCCACUUUCUUUGAUUUUUAUCAUAAAGAAAGGUUCACAGAUGCUUUAGAGGUGCUGAAAAAGUUACGCAUUAUUGCCCUGAGCCGGGAUGAAGUGGAGUCCAGGGUUGCUGGAGUGGCCUCACAUGGAAGUGAGGUCCGUAGUGUUCUCCCACAUGUACUUCUGGCCUCUAUGACUACUACCCACAAACUGUAUCAGAUGCCAUCACAGCAACAGUCCCCACAGAUGUCUUUCAAUGUGUCUGCAACAGCAGCUUCACCAGCAACAAAGCACCUGCAGGAACAGGCUCGUGCCAUUGUCACCUUUGCAGGAAUGAUUCCCAUGAGGCUACACUCGGAGAUAAUGCACGCUUGGUGCAGCUGGAAGCCCUUAUCAACUAAUUAGGCUGUGUUUUUAUUA